AUGCAGAAAUUGAAACAAAAGUUCGAACAUGAAGUUGAUCACUUGGAGGAGAAAUUCCGAGACUCGCAUCUCCACGAUGCUAAAGCCUCAGCGACUCACCUAAAGCACAAAGUGGGCAAGUUCUUCAAUAUUGUCAAUCCCAACCACCGCCACGACGAAGAACAUGAACAGGCCACAGACCGAAAGCGCUCGGCAAUUGCCCAAUCGCAUCGCUACCAGUCCUUCGCCCCAGUUCAAGAGGGCAAUCGCGUCAAGUGGUAUGUCGAUGCCUUGGAUUAUCUGUGGGCUGUCUCCGAGGCUCUGGAAAAGGCUACGGAGACCAUCUACAUUGCCGAUUGGUGGCUGUCUCCGGAGUUGUUCCUCCGUCGCCCGCCUGCCAAGCACCAGGAAUGGCGGUUGGAUCAUAUCUUGAAGCGCCGCGCAGAGGCCGGUGUCAAGAUUUAUGUGAUUGUCUACAAGGAGGUGAAUCAAGCGUUGACCUGCAAUUCGGCACAUACCAAGCAUGCAUUGCAAAAUCUUUGCCCUGAGGGUACUCCGGGUCAUGGUAAUAUUCGUGUGUUGCGCCAUCCAGAUCACAACGUCUUUGAGAAUGCUGCCGAUAUGACUCUUUACUGGGCGCACCACGAGAAAUUCAUUGUGAUUGAUUAUGCUGUGGCAUUCAUUGGCGGCAUUGACCUCUGCUUCGGCCGAUGGGAUGCCAACCAGCACCCUCUGGCUGAUGUGCAUCCAGCUGGCCUGCGGGAUGAUAUCUUCCCUGGGCAGGACUUUAACAACAACCGAAUCAUGGACUUCCAGAGCGUCCAAGACUGGCAGAGUAAUGAGUUGAGCAAGGCUAACUUCGGGCGCAUGCCGUGGCACGACGUAGCCAUGGGCUUGGUUGGCGACUGCGUCUACGAUAUUGCAGAGCACUUUGUUCUGCGUUGGAACUUCGUCAAGCGUGACAAGUACAAGCGUGCCGAUAAUGUGGAUUGGCUUAUGAUGGAGGGCCGACUUGGGGAUGAUGAAGAUCUGGUUGCUGUCCAACGACCAAAGUACCCCUGCGGCGAGUACAUCCAACAUCCAUUGUCUCCAUUGUCCAGCAAGCCGCGUGGACAGCAAGGGUCUGUUCGCGCGCAGAUUGUUCGAAGCAGCGAUGAUUGGAGCAGUGGUAUUCUGAACGAGCACAGUAUUCAAAAUGCCUACUGCGAGAUUAUUCGCAAUGCCGAGCACUUUGUUUACAUUGAGAAUCAGUUCUUCAUUACCGCCACUGGCGACCAGCAGCGACCAAUCUUCAAUACCAUCGGUCGCGCCAUUGUCGAUGCUUGCGUCCGAGCAGGCAAGGAAGGACGCAAGUUCCGUGUCAUUAUUGUCCUGCCCGCUAUUCCAGGCUUUGCGGGCGACCUGCGCGACUCUGCUGCCACCGGUACACGUGCUAUCAUGGAUUACCAGUACAAGUCCAUCUGCCGUGGCGAGCAUUCGAUUAUGGGUCAGAUUGAGAAGACGGGCGUCAAUCCGAAGGAGCACAUCUUUGUAUUCGCACUCCGUGCCUAUGACCGAAUCAACAAGACCCCAUCACUCGAAGAGCUGGAGAAAGAGGCCGGUGUCACAUAUCAAGACAUCCAGCGUGGUAUCGCCGAGUCCAUCAUGGGUGAAAGUGUGCAUCCUUCCGUCGGUACAGAAGGUGACAGUAACGAGAAGAGCUACGAUGCCGAUGACGCUCAGAAACAGAAGAACCUGAGAAACCUGGAGAAGUUCGAAGAGCAAGUGGAGAAGCGCAAAGCGAUGGAGGGCGAUGGUAGUAAAGACUCGGUUGCGCAUACUACCAUGCUGAAUGGCGGUAAGAUGUCUGACGAGACGUGGGAGGGUGAUCCUGAAGCCGAGAAGGAAAAUAUCGUCCAGGAAGAGUUGUACGUGCAUGGCAAGGUAUGCAUUGUCGAUGAUCGUAUCGCCAUUUGCGGAAGUGCCAACAUCAACGAUCGGUCCCAACUGGGCUCCCAUGACAGCGAACUCGCCAUCGUAAUGGAGGAUCAAGACUUUAUCGACAGCGAAAUGGACGGCAAACCGUAUCGAGCAUCCCGUCUCGCCGCAACACUCCGUCGCCAGCUGUGGCGCGAACACCUAGGCCUCUUACCUGCACAGAACUACGACGCCACAGGCCACCCGAACGCUCAACCCCCUGAUGUCUGUCUCAACGAGAUCCUAGAGGACACUCACAACGAAUUCGUGACUGAUCCGCUCAGCGAUGCGGUCUGGAACACCUGGACCGGUCAGGCUAGCGUUAAUACCGAGACGUAUCGGAUGUUGUUCCGCGCUGACCCAGACGACAAUAUCAAGACCUUUGAGGAUUAUGAUAAUUUCCGUCCGCGUGGGUCGCACAAGCAGGGUCAUCUGUUUGAUCCGUAUCUGCCGGUUGCGGAAGUGCGUGAGAAAUUGGAUCGUAUCAAGGGACACCUUGUGUGGUUACCGCUGGAGUUCCUUCGCGAUGCGGAGAUGGCCGAGCCUGGGCUGGCUGUGAAUCAGAUUACGGAGAGUAUCUACACGUAG